AAUCAAAACAGUAAGUGUAACGACUAUCGAUAGUGCUGCACAUCUAUUUUUAUUAAAGAUGAAGAUCUUGAUCUUGGUUCUGUUCGUGUUCGGUGGUACUCUAGCGGAACAGUAUUGCUUUCCUGAAACUUCAACUACGUUUUUACAGGAAUCAUUUCAGUACCAUUUUACGAAGGAUGCUAGCAGCUUGUAUGAUAUUAUGAAGGAAGUGGCUGCUCUUCCGGAUAGCUCAGUUAUGACGGAUGACUCAUCUGCAGCUUUCGGCAACAAAUUCAAAAUCGCAUAUGACUUGUCUGUUGCGGCGCUGACACUCAAGAUUGGAGAAGGACGUAUGAAGGGCAAGACUAGCCACGAAGUAUCCACUUUUAGUACUGAAAAUGGAUAUGAUGUUAAAACUGUACGCAUGGUAGCUAUGUUCACGGAUUCGCAUGAGUAUCAGAUGAACAUAAUCUUUUUUGAUCCGGAAGUCCUGACGGAAGCUACCACCACAAUGUCUUAUACGUAUCCAGUAGACGGAGACAACGCUAAGGGCACGAUGAACGAUUGGUACGUGACGUACACCUUCGACGAGGACGGUCAGUUGGAAGUUUAUCUGAGCGACAGGAAAGAUGGUCUCCUGGCAGAAGAUAGCAAACUAAAGACGACUGACAAAUUUCCCAGUAACGCAUGGAUGUUCUUGAAGACGCAAUUAGAGGACAAUUAUGAUGGAGUGUUCCUGGAGUUGUCUAUGGGCCCGGAUCAUCCAGAUGGCGUAAUCACAUUUCAAUACCCCAUCCCCGGAGACUCUAUUACAACCAGUGACAUCGAAAUUGUCGUGAUGGGAGAAGCUGGAUUCGGUUAUAUCCUGCAACGGGAAAGCUACCCCGGUAGCGCUGCGGUGAUGAUAAAUGGUUAUUCAUUCCCGGAAUGCGUAAACACAGCCAACUACAAGUAUACGGAUCUCGUGCAGAGUGAAAAUCCCUACUGUCCUCAACCCAACACCGUCAGAGAGGUUAAAAGUAAAAUGCCUUACGGUAAAUAUCAUACUAAAGAGACGUGUCAAAGCGAUAGAUAUAGCUGUUGGGAUGAUACUCAUAGCACCUGUUAUGCAAAACAAAAUUUAGUUUGUAGUGUGUCGGAAGCUGAUGCGAUUGUAAUGACUACCGAUGAGCACAUAGAUGUGCACGUGGACAACUUUGGACCGUUUGUCGAAAUGGAACUGUCGGAGGGGGAUCUUGACAAAGUUAUCUUCUUGGGGGAAAGACUUGACUUUAUCUGUAAAGACAAAAAUGAUGGAGCCGAGUAUGUGUUCGAGUACGACCCGGAAAACUUCAAUGAUGAGUCUCAGUUUGGAUACGACACCAUCAGUUUCAGCUGCGUCAACGAUUACGCUAAAUUAUACACCGACUUCAAGGCUAUCUUUGAUGCCUUGAAAUGUGUCCCUAAAGCUAAGCCAGAAGAUGAGCCAGAAGAUGAGCCAGAAGAUGAGCCAGAAGAUGAGCCAGAAGAUGAACCAGAAGAUGAGCCAGAAGAUGAGCCAGAAGAUGAGCCAGAAGAUAAGCCAGAAGAUUCGCCAGAAGAUUCGCCAGAAGAUUCGCCAGAAGAUUCGCAAGCUGCUAUCCUUACUAGCAGCUCAGCCAUCAUAAUUUUUCUCCUGGUAGUAGCAUUCUUUUAGAAUUUUCUAUCAAGUGACUUAUUCGAUGAUCGCAGAAUUGAAUAGAUAUUACAAAAGGACACGAACCUGACUCAAUUAGAUCUAGAGCACAAAAACUGUUAUUAUUAUUAAGGCUUUAUUAGUGAUACAGUUUUGUACAGUUCUAGGUCUUAGAAAGGGGUAGUUCGCAUAUUACGUAAUCACUUAUUGGCCCAUUUUCAACCCCCAUUUUCAACCCCAACAAUCCCCCUCCGUAUAAUCAGUUUUACAUAUAGCUAUUAGUAUUGUGUCAAAUAAUUACACUAUCGUAAUCAUUUUAUGUUUUUUUUAAUUCCCACCCCGGUCUCGGUUCAUUACAUAAGAUUAAUAAUAAUAUGUAAACGACCCCUAAUGUAGUUUUGUAAGAAGUUAAAUUUGAAUUGUUAUAUCAAUAUCAAUUUCGAUUAAAUAAACAAGCGUGCUAAAUUAUUAUCUGCAAUCUGGCACGCCAGUCCGGCCCUGUGCGCAGCGACCUUUGCUUUUCAACUUUUCAAGCUUCCUGAACAGCCCAACAAAAGUUACUGGCUGGUAGUGGUAUUAGAGUUGGUUUAAUUUAAAGAGACGGCUUGACCUGAUGACCUCGCGCGCGACAUUAAGCAUGAUUUGCACGCGUGGCCCAUUCCAAUUUUCAAGAAGCUAGCACGUGACACAAUUCAGCCAAUUAGAGUACAGGAAUCCGCAAAGUUAAAGUUGCAAACUUUUGAUCGGCCCAAAAUGGGACUUUUCUGGAGAUUUUGAGAUAACUCAACAACUACGUUGUCCUAAAUUUUCCUCUUGGGGAGGUAACGUUACUUGUUACUUUUACAAGACGAACAUGUUACAAACAACCGGAAGUCUCUAACUCUUUCACUUUCAAAGUUAGGCUCCAUCGAUCCAGUAAGGGUUUCUGGGAGGACUAGCAUUUUAGAUUUACGUCAGAGAAGCGAGCAAUAGAACAUUUGUUUUUAGUAUUUAUAGCAGAAUCAUUUGCAAUUUGAAAAUUUUUU